AUGUCCAGCGUCCAUCCCGACCAUGACUCAAAGCUCGCUCCAGCUGGACAAGCCGUCGAUACGUUUUCUGAAACUGAGGGUCAAUUGACCGUUUCAUACAAGAUACGACCGCCCAUUGUGCUCUACUACGAAAAGUUCCGCAUGGACAUUGUUAGCGCAACUUACUACGCCUAUCUUCACAGCAGCUUCGAGUGCUAUAUCUAUGCUCUCAGCCGCAUCAUCUUUGACGCCUUCACCGCCUCUUACUGCGACAACUCUUUGCACCCAGACACGUCCAUCCGCUGCGAGCAGCAAUACUCUUUUCUUAAGAAUGCUUUCCUUGAAGAAGAUGGGCAACUGCGCAAACGCUGCACGCCUGACUUCGCAACUGUUCUGACAGAUGGGACACUCAAGGCGCGGCUGCUUUUCUUGGCAGAGAUCAAAUCUCUGCCAAUGGAAGGUGGAGCGGGCAACCGUGACUGGUUCGUCAACCCAGAUCUGGACCUCGUAGCGGGUAAAAUCACGGAUAGUUUGCAACAGGUUGCAAACCAACUCCACUUCGCAAAACGCUUUUUUGCCCCUCCCGAAAAGGGUUGGUUUGUCUUCGUCAUUUGCGGAGUAUUCUGGACCCUCCGUUAUUACCCCUCGGAUGUUGUCAAACAUUCCCGGUAUCGCUCGAAUAAGCAGCAACCAAAGAUGGCGACCCGAAGUGAGCCCCGGCUUCCGGCCCUUAAUAUCAAUGCCGAGGACCGUGACGCAGCUCUUGGUCGUAAACGACACAGAAAAAGUCCUACCGACAUGGCGAAUGCUGGUCCAACCGACGAUGAAGACAAUGAUCGACUGGGAAUGACUGGCUCUAAACGGCCAAGGUCGACCAGCCCUGCUGAUGAUUUGGAUCCUGUCGAAAACUCAGCGUGGGGUUCGCCUGCUCCAAAGAACAACAACCCUGAGGAAGAGGACUCAACGCCAGAACCCAAUCUCCGGACGUUCGACCCGGAUCAGCUUGAUCCUCUCGUCAGCACAGUCAUUUUCGACGUUCAGUCAUUAUUCGACGAGAAAAAUCUGGGGGGAAAGAAGCCAACAUUUGACAAUUGCCCCUUGAACCCCAAUCUCCAUGCGGCGUUUGAGAAAAUAAAAACAACCCACUCCGAUACAUUAUGGGCGAAACAGUUCAAGGAUCUGCAUUGGUUCCUUCCAGCAGCUUGA